CGCCAUCGAGUUACGAAAAUACGACUAACCGGGGUGAAAGUGAAAACCGGAAAGUGUCGAGAAGAAGAGAGUUGGGCGAAACUGCAACUUGCGUGUCUCCUUUUUCUUUGUUCUUCCAUGGAUCCUUGAUCCAAUUCCAAACCAUGCCAAUGAAGCCAAUUCAGCUACCGGAGCCGCCCAGCCCCACGCCGCCCAGAGGCACUCCGGACAUCUUCGAAUCCGGCGUCCACACCAUCGUCCGCCGCGCCGUCGUUAUCGGCAACGGCUUCCCCUCCUCCGAGAAUCACAGCAUCGGUUUGCUCCGCGCCCUUGGCCUCUCCCACAACCACCUCCUAUACCGCGUUACGAGGCCAAAAGGUGGAAUCGACGCUUGGCUCCAAUGGCUUCCCCUCUCUCUCCAUAAAAAAUUUCACUAUCUAUUUUCCGUGUUCCGCGCCUUCUCCUCCAAAUCUCACUACCUGCCUAUCACUUCGCACCCUAGCGGCUUGUCCGCUAUUCUCGAAGCUGAUGCCAAACACAUCGUCAAUUUGGCUCGCGAGACUUACGAAAAGGAGGGACCGUUGUUGGUGGUUGCAUCUGGAAGGGACACAAUCUCCGUUGCUAGUUCUAUAAAACGUUUGGCUCCUGAUCUUGUUUUUGUUGUUCAGAUACAACAUCCAAGGUCUCAUUUGGAUAGGUUUGACAUGGUGAUUACACCUCAUCAUGAUUAUUAUCCUUUGACUCCAGAAGCACAGAGUCAGGUUCCUAAGUUUCUUAGAAGUUGGAUAACUCCACGUGAGCCUCCAGAUAGUCAUGUGGUUCUGACCUUGGGAGCCUUACACCGAAUAGAUUUUGCUUCACUUCGCAGUGCUGCUCUUACAUGGCAAGAUGUGUUUGCACAUGUUCCAAGGCCAUUGCUCGUGGUCAACAUUGGAGGACCAACAAAAAACUGUCGAUAUGGUGUUGAUCUUGCAAAGCAGUUAGCAACAUCUUUGCUCAGCGUUCUUGGUAGUUGUGGGAGUGUAAGAAUAUCCUUUUCAGAGAGGACUCCACAAAAGGUAUCCAAUAUUAUAGUGAAAGAACUUGGGAAUAAUCCAAAAGUUUAUAUUUGGGAUGGGCAAGAACCAAACCCCCAUAUGGGGCAUCUGGCUUGGGCUGAUGCAUUUGUUGUCACAGCAGAUUCAGUUAGCAUGAUUAGUGAAGCUUGCAGCACCGGGAAGCCUGUGUAUAUUAUGGGAGCUGAGCGAUGCAGAUGGAAGUUCACAGAAUUCCACAAAUCAUUGAGACAACGGGGAGUUGUUAGGCCUUUUACAGGGUCUGAGGAUAUGUCGGAAAAUUGGAGUUAUCCACCCCUUGAUGACAAUGCUGAAGCAGCUAAACGGGUUCAUGAAGCGCUUGCUGCCCGAGGGUGGAAACUGAAGAUAUAGAACACAAUUAUUUGUUCACACAAUACUAAUUUUUAUUAUGUUUUGUUAAAGGCCUUAGCCAUUUGUUACUUGGAAGAUAGUUUCCUAAAUAUCAAAUUUCUUUGAUAGCACGAAUAGAAAAUGCGGAUCGGAUGUUCGUUAUUCUUUCCACCAUAACAAUAUUCAAGGAUGUAAUAUAAUAUAAGGUUAAUUGUACCAUUGCGGCUUGCAAACUUGACAUUUUUGUGCCGAUUGGCACAUUUUUAAUAAAUGAGGUGAAUAAAAAAUUGUUUGUGCUGUAAA